CCAAUAAAGCCCUUGAAUUGAGAGAGAGAGAGAGAGAGAGAGAGAGAGAGGGAGAGAGAGCCAGCAGCUCCCCUCUGUGCACGCAGUCGGAGACAGUUACCACGGAUUGUGCAGACAGAGAAAUCAGUCCAGUACUGAGAGCUCGUUUUAUUUACGGUAAAAAUGUCKGCCAGACCAGGCUACUAUCGGCAGGAGCUGAACAAGACUGUAUGGGAGGUUCCCGAGCGGUACCAGAACCUGACUCCCGUGGGCUCGGGGGCCUACGGUUCGGUAUGCUCAGCAUAUGACGUGCGGCUACGACAGAAGGUGGCAGUGAAGAAGCUGUCUCGGCCUUUCCAGUCCCUUAUCCACAGUAGGCGCUCGUACCGCGAGCUCCGGCUACUCAAGCACAUGAAACAUGAGAACGUGAUAGGACUACUGGAUGUAUUCUCCCCUGCUGCAUCGCUAGAGGACUUCCAUGAAGUCUACCUGGUAACCAACUUGAUGGGGGCAGACCUGAACAACAUAGUCAAAUUCCAGCGUCUCUCUGAUGAGCAUGUGCAGUUUCUUAUUUACCAGCUGCUCAGAGGCCUCAAGUACAUCCAUUCAGCAGGACUGAUCCACAGAGACCUGAAACCAAGUAACGUGGCAGUGAACGAGGACUGCGAGCUGAGGAUCCUUGACUUUGGAUUGGCCAGACAGACGGAUGAUGAGAUGACUGGGUACGUGGCGACUCGCUGGUAUCGAGCGCCAGAGAUCAUGCUUAACUGGAUGCACUACAAUCAGACAGUGGAUAUCUGGUCAGUGGGAUGCAUCAUGGGAGAGCUGCUGAAGGGGAAGGUCCUGUUUCCAGGCAACGACUAUAUCGACCAGCUGAAGAGGAUUAUGGAGGUGGUGGGCACCCCGACCCCUGACCUUCUACAGAAGAUCUCCUCUGAACAUGCUCAGAAAUAUAUCCAGUCUCUACCCUUCAUGCCCCAGCAGGACUUAGAGAAGAUAUUCAGAGGAGCCAACCCAAUGGCUGUGGAUCUAYUGAAGCGCAUGCUGGUUCUGGACUGUGAUGGGCGUAUCUCUGCCAGUGAGGCUCUCUCCCACCCUUAUUUCUCUCAGUACCACGACCCGGACGACGAACCAGAGGCCCUGCCCUACGACCAGACGCUGGAGAGCAAGGACCGCACGCUAGAGGAGUGGAAAGAGCUGGUGUUCGAGGAGAUGAAUGGAAUCAAAGCGCCUGUCAGCGAGACGAGUAGUCUACAGGUGGAACAGUGAAAGACAAACCCUACCUCCUUCUGCUCGGUCUGUCCCGUCAGCUGAGGAAGGACCGCCGUCUUGUCUCCGUCUGUCUGCCGGCGUUGGGGAGGCGGGAGGAUCCGAGAGAAAGAGAGACCGCGGGCCAAGCAGAAACAACGCUGUGUCCCCUAGAGGCAUGACACCCYUCCCCUUGCUCACUGUGACUGGCUAUUUGACUGCCUGUCAGGAGUUUUGUAAAAGGGGAGCAGGGAGAGGGGAGGUCUGGUUGAACUGAAAGUGAUAAGAAUACGCACAUUACGAUGAUUACAGGGAGCAUGUUUUGAUAGGUAUAUGUUUACAGUCUGUUGAAGAGAGGUAGGAGAGAGAGACAGAGACAGAGAGAGAAAGUAGCACUAGGGUUUUCAAACCUACCUAAGGGUCCAACUGGUAAAUGGUCAUUGGCUAUAGGUUACUGGAAAUCUUUCGUCAUGAAGACAUUUUAUAAGCAGUCAUAACGGAUGUCAGUUUAAGUCUGCUUAUAACACCUGUUAUGUCAUGGUAAUGACAGUUUUAUGACAGAGGGUUCUAGUGAAUUGUUGUGAAGAAUUUUCCACACAUUUUAUCAUAUUUCUAUUUUAGUUGUAGCAAAUAUCUGUUAUUUCACAGAAACUUACAUAAGAUGGUUCCUCCCUUGAAAUAGACCAAUGAAUGCCCUUUGUGCUGUUACUGCACAACAUCCCCCAACACCCACCAAUAUGCCACUGAAUGACCAAUGACAGAGAUAUACUGUACAUGGACAGGAUUAGUGGCUGUACACCGGUGGUAGUGUUUUGUUUACGGAGACAUAACUGCAUUGCUGCAAAUGCUAUGUAGAUAUGUCCCAAUGUACAGGUAACUGCCAACAUAAAGAAUASAUCAACAUAAAGUGUUUUAAUAGGGCAUUGGGCCAACACAAGCCA